GUUUCAUAACCUCUCCCCUCUGUUAAGUAUGAUAAAUUGAAAUAACCUUGUUUUUGCCAAAAGAGACCGAAUUAAAUGUGCUGAAUCAUCGAUAACCGUCGAGUCCAGCUGGUUGUGCCACCUGUUUAUGCCGCUGUUGUUGUUAAAGGCAAAAAAAAUAAAGUGCUUUCCCAAAGCAGCAGACUUUGGUGGAGUUUCAAUUAGCUCAUUUUAGCUGUUCGUUGUGGACAUGUACUGGUUAAACACCCGGCCAGACCAGUUUAGAUUUGAACACCGCCUAGACUUCCAUUAAACACUUCUGGCCGGCUCCUAAUGAACUUACUAAUAUUAAAUUGUAAAGAGCGUUGUUUCGUGUACUUUCGACUUGUCGAUUCCGGUAACCCUAUAGCGCAUUACAACACACAACAAUAAAAACCCUCUCGAGUUCAAUGCAAAAUCACAUCAAGAACGGCCUAAGUUUGGUUCUAGCGCAUUUCAUUGGCUUUUGGUGGUGUUUUGAGACUCACAUGUCCCCCGGGAGUCACGCGAACAACACAACAGGAAAUGAUGUCGAUAUUCAUUUGAUGUUGGUCAAAACAUCGCCGCUGAGCCAUGGCGAGCACUCAUCGCUGAAGGCCUUGAGUUCUGUGUAUAUCUCCUUCCAUGCGUGUGUGAUUCACCUCAAUCCGAAGUUUCAAACACGCCACGUGGUCUUCAAUUAUCGAAAGGCCUUAGCCUUGAGUCAGGGAAAAUCCAGUGACGAUAGGUAGGUCAGUGAAUUUUCUUGUGGAUGGAGCUUGAAUACAUAGACUUGGAAACUACUGGAAUUACCAGUACAGGUGCUGGAAUGAGCCUGAGUAUGGAGCGGCACAUUCAACAAACCAAUGAAAGACUGCAAUGCAUAAAACAGCACCUCUCCUCACCACAAGGGUUCCAGACAUCGGCAAGGGAACUUCUGGAAUGGUGUGGGGAUGUACGUGCCUUUCAGCGAGCAUUUGAGAGCAACUUGAUGGGAUGCCUCACAGUUGUGAGUCAAGUUGCAGCAAAUCCUGGUUAUGAUUUGGAUUUAGGCUACAGACUUCUAGCAGUCUGUGCUGCACAUAGAGACAAGUUCUCAACAAAGUCAGCAACUAUGUUAGGCGUGUGGUGUGAAGAUCUUGGCAGACUUCUGCUCCUACGACACCAAAAGCAAAGAAAUGUUGAUACGCAGAAGGCAACAGGCUAUCCCACAGGGCCGGCGAACAAGCUCACACAGAUGAAUCAGUUGAACCAGAUGAAUCAAUUAAAUCAGCUUGCCAACAAUGAUGCAUCAACCGUCAUGUGGCCACAGACUACACAGGGUCACGGUCAACAGCAGCCUUCCUUGUCUGUUGUGACAACAGUGUGGGGUGUCACAUCAUCUAUGACAAAUGGAACAGCCAACAUGACACAUGACCCAACUAAUCCAGGCAUUCCAACAACAAACACUGUCAACUCUGUGGGACAUCCAUAUCUUUCAACCUCUGCAAAUCCUAAACAAUAUGCACAAUCAGGUGGGUAUCCAGCAAGACCAGGAAGCAGGUUACCUCAAGAAACAACACCCACCGCAGCACAAAACUACAUGCAGAGGCAGAACAGUUACCCUGCGACUGCGAACACACCCAGUGUACCUCCAGGAAGUAACCAUUAUUACUCCCAGCAAAACUCUGUUCCACCCAAUGCAUCCCCCUUUCCACAACCCACUGCUAAUCCAGCAGCAGCUGCAGCAGCGGCUGCAGUUGCAGCAGCAGCAGCUACAGCAACAGCAACUGCUACAGCGACUGCCACAGCUGCCCUUCAGGAUCAGCAACAAAUGGGAGAGUAUGGAUUCCCCCCAGGACAAAACCAGUAUCCUCCCAAUCAAGCUGGUCACCCGCAACAUCCACCACCACCUUACCAGCGUAGCAACAGCUUUCCUCAAUAUCCACAGCCAUUUUCACAACAACAGCAGCAACAACAACAACAACCUGGAACCCAACAGGGAAUGCAAAAACCUAACUCAAACAUGAGCAGGGCACAAUAUUUGCAGGAGUUUAUGUUAAGAAAACAGCAACAGCAGCAACAACAGCAAAUGCAGCAGCAGCAACAACAGCAAAUGCAGCAGCAUUAUAAGCAACAAUAUCCUGGGCAGUAUGGGCAACAGGGUGGCUAUCAAAUGCCUUCCUACCCAGCACAGAGUGGCUACCAACAGCAGCCGACACCACCCCCUCCUUACACACCUAGCAUGAGUCCCAUGUCACAAAUUAACCAACAGAUGGGUCACAUGAUGCAGGGAAACUCAGUCAACCAAACAAUGGGACAGUUGAACCAGCCAAUGGGAGCACAGAUGGGCCAAAUUCCACCCAUGGGGCCAGUAAACCAGAUGUCCCAAGUCAGCCCCAUGGGCCAAGUGCCUCAAGUAGCACAGACUCCGCAGGUCCCACCAAUGGGCCAGGUGCCCCAACCAGGGAUGUAUGGUUCUCAUAUGCCACAACAAGGACCACGCCCCAUGGCAAGACGGCGCAAAAGUACGCUUCAGUACCAAAACUCUUCAAUGGCAAAUGCUUUAUCUCCACCAGUCACACCAGGAGCUAUACCUAGCCCCUACAUGAGUAUUAGUGACGCCAGCGGUAAUCCUUCAAACUGUUAUGACAUUAAACCUCAGAUUGUUCCUAACACUUCUCCGCCACAGGGUUACGAGGACAUCAAGCCUCCAAGGCUAAAUACUUUAUCAGGUGAAAAUGAUGUGAUAAGAUUAACCUUCCCUGUGCGAGAUGGCAUUGUGCUAGCUCCAUUCAGACUGGAGCACAAUUUAGCUGUCAGCAAUCAUGUGUUCCAUCUUAGAGACUCUGUUCAUCAGACACUUAUGAUGAGACCUGAUCUUGAGCUCCAAUUCAAGUGUUAUCAUCAUGAGGAUAAACAAAUGUACACCAACUGGCCAGCGUCAGUCACUGUCAGUGUGAAUGCUAAUCCACUUAUUAUUGAAAGGCAAGGGGACAACAAAACCUCGCAUAAACCUCUUCAUUUGAAGAAUGUGUGUAAACCUGGCAGGAAUACAAUACAGAUAACAGUAACAGCAUGCUGCUGUUCCCACCUCUUUGUCCUUCAGCUGGUUCACAGACCUUCAGUCAGUUCUGUUUUACAGAGCUUGUUGCGUAAACGCCUACUACCAGCUGAACACUGCAUCACAAAAAUCAAAAGAAACUUCUCGUUAUGUUCAUCUGCUGUUGGCGGCACUGAUGACAGUGUGGAACAAACAGCUAUCAAAGUAUCCCUAAAAUGUCCUAUCACAUUCAGAAGAAUAACUCUGCCAGCCAGAGGCCAUGAUUGUAAACAUAUCCAGUGUUUCGACUUGGAAUCAUACUUGAGAUUAAACUGUGAAAGAGGGAGCUGGAAGUGUCCAGUCUGUAGUAAAGUUGCCCUUUUGGAAGGACUUGAAGUGGAUCAAUACAUGUGGGGAAUCCUUACAACUUCCAGGUGUACGGAUGUUGAAGAAGUAACGUUCGACCCUAACAGUCAGUGGGAGCCUGUUCCUGUCAAACAAGAACCAAAAGAUGAAGAGUGUCAAGGACCACAGCCGGCUAAGAAGGCGCGUCCUUCACCUCCUGAUUCAUUACCUCUGUCUGGUGUCAGGACACCCACAUCCCAAAUGUCCAGUAGCAGUGGACACUACUCACCUUACCAAACACAACCACCGUCGAAUCCUGGUAUGGGUGUGCCCACUCCACCUGGACGGACACCUCCGGAGACGCAUGGUCCAUCUGGUGGAGGUCAGUUACAAGAACAUAACCCCAGUAACACAGGAACUACACAGGCGGCGACCACAUCCAGUGGUGAUAAGAUGACUCCGAGUCCAGUCACAAGUCAAGCCACGACCCAAAACAGCAAUCAUCCCAGAGGUCCUUCCACACCUCAAACUCCAGGGAGUCAUCCCGCUCAAAAAGGGGCCGCAGAAAGAACACAGCACCCCUCAGUCCUAUCCCAGGCUCCCGUGUCAGGCAAUGCUGACAGUAUUGCAGCUGACCUUGAACACGACAAUCUUCCGGAUGAGUUUAACUUUGGUGUCCUGGAAGAUCACAGUGGGGGAACAGAUGGAGUGGAAGGCGCUUUAGAUGUUUUACCAGGAACUCUCGACCCUGAAGAACUUUUUAACUACCUGACGCCGUCAGACCUUCCCAGCGAGGACAUCUUGUCCAUGUUCGAGUAACGGUGUGCUGGUGUUGUCGUCGACAGGAGAGGCCAUACUAGAAAUUUUUACUUUGCUUCUCGCAAAUAAAACGCAUGAUUCAUAUUUAGGUAAUAUAUUAUGUCUACUGUACGCAAUGCAUUGAUUGUCUUUGUCGCGCAUAGUAUAUAUAAACUUAUUCUUAGUAGAAAGUACUUUAUUGUCAUAUUAUAAGUUAGGAUUCAAAAGUAUUAGAUCAUGUUAUAGAAUGGUUUGUUCGGUUUUAGAUUAUAGUUCUACCUAAAAAUCGUUUUCAGCAAUUAGUAGCGAUAUUUUAGGAUUUUUUUGAAUGAUUCUUUUGUUUUUUUUUUUAUGAUUCAUACCUCUUCGAUGAUUUUGUGUUUGUUUUUAUAUAAGAAAAGUCAUGUUGUAAAGCAAUGGCAGAAAUUUCUCAGUAAUGGCACAAUUUUUAUCCUGGAGUUAACGCGGACAUGUUUUUACAAGUGAUGCAGCUAAAGGUAAUCUUAUUAUAGUGAUGUAGAAGCUGUGAUUUUGGGUCAAACUCAAGAACAAUAAUUUUAUUAUGCAAAGGACUAAAUAGAGUAGCUUUUGCCUGAUGUGAAUAGUACGAAACAGACUGUUUUUAUACCAUGCACUCGAGGUGUGAUGGACAGAGGGAAUUAUUAAUUAUUCCAACAUUUGGAAUACAUUUAGUAAAUGCUAUAAUAUAUGCAUAAAUAAAUUAAAGGGGGCAUGCAUCCCUAACUGUACACACGCAUAGAUUAAUAAAAGUAGUAUUCUUUCUUUUUGUUUUUAAUUGGAGGGAUAUAUAAAUUUUAGUUCAAUAAGUGCCGUAAAGUUGUAUUUGAAAAGAGCCAGUAAUAUCUUAUAACUAUUAUGGGAAAAAUGAUUUCCAGUUGCAUAAUCAUUAGAGAGAGAGAUGUGUAAGAGCUUUUUUUGCAGUCUCGGGGGCAAAAUAUUUCAUUAGGCACAUAGGAAGAACCAAGCUAACAAAUCCAGUCUUUCUGUCUCUCUCGUUCGUUGUUUGACCUGUUUCCCUUUGAAUUCUAUUGCCUGGCCUCUCAGAAUUAACACUGCUGGAAUUUGGGAAGCUCUUUUAUACCAAACGUUUUUCACUGCUUUAUGUUUGAAUCAUUCACCUGUCACUGAAAUGCGUCUUGAAGAUUUGUGAUUUGAUUUAGAUCAAAUCCUGCGUCUCGGUCUCUCAUCACUUUUUGUUUCCGAUUUCGUGCUGUACCUGAUUCUAACUAAGAAAGUGCAAAAGAAGAAACGUUUAUUAUUGUAAAUAUAGAAAUAGAGUACAAAAAUGUCAAUGAUGUCUUUUAGAAUAUAGAAUAUAAGCUGAGUGAAUUAGUUCUUGAUUUUCUUUUACUAAUCUAAAUUAACCCGUUUCUACGUAUGACGAUAUUUUGAAAUAAGUUACUGAUUUACUAACACUUUUUGUGGUUUCUUUUAAACUUUUUGUAUUUCUUAUCAAGUCUUACUUUUUCUGAGAUCUGUAAAAUGUCCUUGUUCUCUGAGAACUUUUUUCAGUCGGGUUUAGCUGUGUAAAGCACUGGGAACUCGCAAAAUAAUAGCUCUUUUUCCUCCUGCGAAGUGCUAUUUUUUAGGAUGUCUUGUUGCUUCCAAACUGGUUUCAAGCUUUGUGGACGUUUCUCCAGAAGACUUUUGAUAUCAACCGCGAACUACCACGAUCUCGAUUUCACUCUCCUCUCGUAUUUUUGUUCUACUUUUGAAAGCACGUUUCGAUCUUCUUGAGACCACUUUUCAUUUUAGCUAAAAUGCACGCGAAUAAUGUGGAUUUUAGAAGAGGUUAGCCAAAUUCGUCAGCUUUAAAAGGCGGUCAGUGAUUGCUUAAAACAUGGCUUUGUCGUGAUCAAGUCUUGAAAGUGCCUGUACGAAACCCGAGAGUAGACAUUGCGCCACCGUUUUGAACUUCCGAUAGACGGUUUAGGGAGAGGUCGGACGGUCCGCAGACCGUAUAGUGUACAUAAAAGUUAACAUGUAUUUAUAUACUUAUAAAUAUUGUAUAUCUAAAAUAUGAUUUAGCCUCUGUAAAUACAGUACAGGCGCGUAUAUGUGGAAAAAUGAGAUUAUCAGUAGUAAACUGUCCUGUGACCGUUGUUUUAGCCCGUUGGCUAUGCUAGUAAACGGUUUAAUUUAUAGAAGUGAAGUUAGUUUGGAUCACAUUUAGUGCAAGUUACCAGAUGAGCAUCACUUUGAAACAGUCGUCUGAAUUGAUGUUUCUUUUGAAGGGAAUCGAUUGGGUUUCGUUAAUAUGUUAUUCUCGAGCUGUAAAUGCGUAGCAAGAUAAUUACCAUCGUAUUAAUACAAAGUUCGUUGUACCGUGAAGGAAGGUUGUUCCGUACGCUGUUCAGAGUAGUGUGUUAGCCCUUUGAGUUAAAAGCUAAGCAAUUCGUCGUCCCUCUUGUUCUCGUGUAGUAUCGAUAGUAAAGUAGAUUUUAUACUUAUUUAUAACCUGAAGUUUACAACUACAGUUCUGUAGUGAAGAACAAAUUCUUACGAAGAAGGCUAUGAUAGACUUAUUAAAGCCGCCUGUAUGUGUAGAUAUUCUAUAUCUAAAUUUUAUAAGAAAUAAAGGCCAUGCAGUCAACUGAGA